UCCUCUUUCAUUUCUUGGUCGGUGUCUCCUCCUCAUAGCCACCUUUGGCAUCAUCGACGUCAAUCCGGAACUCUAUCGGGCGCUGACAAACAUAAAACACACACACCAAACAACACUCACACACAAGUGCUCUCCCCCCACCCCUCCCCACCUGUUGCCUCCUCUGCGCCCUCCGAGCCUCCACCGACGCAGACGCAGUCGCCCCCAGCGCACCAUCAGUGCCCGACCGACUCAUCAGCCCGCCUCUAUCUGUAAAGGCCUCAUACCCACUGGUGCUACUCAUACCCCUGUGUGGCCGUGCAGCAGCAGCAGCAGCAGCAGCGCUGGUGCCGCUGUCCUGGGGGACUGGCACCACCCUUGACGUGAUGGUGUGCGAGCGGGGUGAGUAGUCUCGUGUGGGGGAUCGCCUGACGUGGUGGGGUGGGGGCGGCUGCGAGUCGGGGUGGUCGAAGUAGUUGGACUCCACCGUGGCGUCGCCCCGCAGGAGGACGGAGCUCUUGCGCACUGUGGGGGAGAAGUGGUUGGCCUGUGAGUAUGGCAACCAACACAUUCACACACACAGACACACACAAUUAAAUGGUGGAUGGGUGUGUCGCGUCGCGUGUACCUCAGUUGAUUCGGCUGGCGAGACCCCCCGCACGAAGGACUGAACGAACUUCUCCUUCAGGAGCUCAUACUCGGCUGACAGACAGAACACAGGGUGGAUGCAUGGGGGCAUCGUGUGUGUGUGGGAGGGGGGAUGGGGGGAUGGCCUCACGUGGCAGCUGGCUGGACGGGUCGACAUUCUCCAGGCCGCUCUCAAUGAAAGACUCCCUGGUCACCACUCCUGAACCGCGACAACACUUUCUGUGUGUGUGUCUGUGUGUGUGUGUCUCUGUGUGUGUGUGUUGUCGUGUCCCUUUCAGGGUGUGUGUACCGAUGAGUUGUCCCUCUCCGUCACACACAAAGAGCUGACCGAUGUUCAGCAUCGUGAAGAGGAAAUGCAGCUUGCUCUGAACAGACACAAACACGGUCGGCACACACAGCACAGCAAUCAUGCAUACGAUCUAUCUGCCCUUCCGGCUUGGCUUACCACGGGCGUGUGUGGCAUGACGGUGAGCGGGGCCCAGUCGAUCGCACACAGAUCCAGGUCAAAAUGGGUGCCUGCACAUCCAUCCAUCCAUCCAGCUGCAAUGAGAGAGAGAGAAACAACCCCACCUUGUAGCGAGGAGAUGUCAUAGAGAUCAAGGUUGCCGUCUUGGAUGGCGAGAGGGGGCUGGGGGCUCCCCCGCUGACCAUUGGUGGCAGCUGCGGCUGCUGCUGCCGACUGCUGCUGCUGUUGAGCAAUGGGGAGGGGCGGGAUGGUCGUGGAUGCUACUGAGGCGUUCAGGAGAUCACCACCUGCACACACAGAUGGGCGUGGUGUGGUAUGGUCUGCGCGCCUGGUGUAUGUAUGUGUUGUGAAUGUACCGAUUCCUGAGCCGACGGGCGUCUCGGUGUAUUGGGGGACCUGAUGCCUGAACACACAACACAAAACAACAGGUAUGUCACAGCACCUCCCCCUCCCCCUCCCCUCUCUCUCUCCCUGCCUACUCGUUGGUCUGCGCCGCCAUGGAUCCGUUCCGCCCAUUCUCCGCCCUCUGGGGAUACAGCGGCUGCUGCGCCUCUCCAAGAGCCCCAUGGCUCAACGCCACCGCUCGUCGUUGUCGCGUCGGCCGCAGCCACCUCUCAUAGAACUUGGCGGCCCUUCUGGCCCGCCGGUAUUUCUUCAUGAUGGCGUCGAUCUCAGCGCAGGGCAGCACCGCCACGAGCUUGGGGUGCUCCCGAGAGGCGACCAGUGGGACUGCGGCACCAAGGCAUGCGACACGGCAGAUGAGGGCGUCUGUGAGGGUGGCGCCGCGGAUGGGCAGAGUGAAGGCGGAGGGGGAGAACCUGUGUGACAUACAUAUGCACGCAGAGGUAGAGGGAGAGGAGGGGGCAUUUGCGGGGGUGUGUGCUUGUGUGUUGUGAGUGGAUGGCUGGCCUCGUACAUGAUGUCUGCAGCCGUGAGAGAGUACAUCUUCUUGCUGCGGAUGGCCGGCAAAUAAGGCAGACGCUGAAUGAACGAACCAAGACACAGACAGAAGACAAUAAAGACACGCAGACAGAGUGGUGGGCGUAGGUGUGUGUAGGGUCCCCACCCACCCACCCACACACACCUUGCUGCGCAGCAUCAUUUCGUAUACGGAAAUGCUGAGUGCCGCGUUGGUGACGUAGGCCAUCAGCACCGCCAGCAGCACCGGCAGCAUCAUCUGCAGCUGACCUGACCAUACAUAAAAGGCAGCCAACACAAGCAUACUCUCAUACUCUCUCCCUCCGCGUGUGAGCGUGUUGUCUGUCACCCACCAGUGAGCUCGAAUACGAUCACCGUCACGCUGAUGGUUCUGGUCACACCUACGCCAUCGAUGACAGACACAACACCAUGGGGCGCCUUGUGGCAUGGUGUACUCAGCUGACCGGCUGCGAGGGCCGCCGCCCCCACCACGGCAUACGAUGCCGCCACCGAUGCGCCAAACAUGGACGCGAUGAAUCGCCCGAACAGCCGACCUGAUACACAGAAAAAUGGACGGCACACACGCAGAUAUGGACAUUUGGAAGCCAGCCUCCUCUUGACAAAUGACAAAUGGGGUUUACCGAAUGCGGCGCCGGCUACAAACACAGGCGUAAAGAGGCCGCAUGGGACGGGGCACGACAGCGACAAAGCCGUCACUGCACCAGCCAACCAACACACGCAUCCAUCCAUCCAUCCAUUGUGUGCUGUGUUUGGUUUACCGAUGAGUUUGUAGGGGACAUAGACGAGCAGCGACCCCACUUCACCAAGUCGCCACCGAGAGACAUCUGACAAAUGACACAGAAUGCAGCAACAGAAUGCAGCCACACAUGAUGGAUGGAUGGAUGGAUGGGCGGACGGAGGGAUGAGCGGACGAGCGUACCCAGGUCCUCGUUCGAGAAGAGCUGCGUCAGCGUGUUCCGAUCCUGUGGCAAUCGAAGCACAGGCAGGUGACGGACCAAGAAUGUUUGGCUGCUGGAGUGUGUGUGUGGGGUGUGUGUGGGUGGUGUGUGGAUGUGGCUGACUCGCAUACCCUGUUGCUGAGGUAUGGUUCCCAUAUGCCGACCACCGACAGGGGCAGCAUCAGCACAAAGGUGUACAGGUACCAACUGAUGACACACACGACACGACCAACGGUGAGUCGCUGUGGCACAUCCAAACCACUGGCAACACACCUGGCUUUGUGGACUUGGAGGCGCCGACCCAGCUACACACACACACACACACGAGAGAACUGCGCUGUGGUGGGGGUAAUGUGUGUGUGUUGUGAGUGAGUUUGGUGCCGUACUCUCAUGAAGAGUGCCGUGAGGUAGAUGAACACCCCGCCAAGGCAGCCACACACACACCCUGCACACACGCAGACAACACAUGGAGAGUCCAUCCAUCCAUCCAUUCAUCCAUCCAUCCCUUGCCCCGGCAGCUAUGUGCCAACACCUACCGAGGACGGCGUAUCCGAGGAUCUCAAACGAUAUGUUCACGUCUCGCUGGAAAUCAGUACCGGCAAAUAACUCAAUCGCAUCUGUUGAACCGCACACCACACCACACAGCCGCCGAUCCCUGCCCCUGCCUUGCCCACCCAUUUCCCCAUUUACCCUUUUACCUAUUGCGUGUAUGGCCCUAAAGGUGAAGACCGCCCAAAUGACGCAAAAGUAGGCCUUCCACAGCGCAUUGACGAAAAAGAACGUCGCCGUGACCUCGAUGGCAAACAACACACCGCCGACAGGAGCGCCAAACGUGGCCGUCACACCCGCUGACACCGCCACGCCCAAGAUCGUCAGCCGGUGCGUGUGCGUCUGUGUCGAGUCAAUCAUACACACGAGCGCGGUUAUUCUGGGCGUGUGUGUGUGUGUGUGUUUGUUUGUUUUUUCGGUCGGUGGCAGUACCUUUGCGCAUUCCCUGAAGGGUGGCAGUUUGGCGAGCUGGUUGGCAAUGAUCGCCGCUAUGUGCACAAAGGGACCCUCCUUGCCCACCGACAAACCUACCAACGAAAACAGGCGGUAUCAGACUCGGUCUUGUGUGCCCGCCCGCCCUCCCGCCCGCCCGAACUCACCUCCCGCGAGUGCGGCCGUGAGUCCCAGUGUCUUGCCCACGAAGGCCCUCAGCGAGAGAUACCUCGGCAGCAGCACACCGCUCAGGAUAGUCUUGAGCUCAGGGAUCCCCGAGCCCAUCGCUUCUGGAGCUAUGACGUGGCAGCAGAAGACGGCCACCGCCGAUGCCCCAAGGGACCAUCCAGCGAGGGUCACGGCUGACAGGAUGGGGGAGUCGGCGCCGGUCUGAGUGCCGCACAGCCAAUGCCGGACUGACGCAGCCAGCAAGGCAGGAGGAGGAUGGACACCACACCCCGUCGUAUGUGUGUGUGUGUGGUUGGUGGCUUACGUUCGAGGAGGAGGUCGAUCGACAUAUCCAUUGCCCACGAGAUGAGGGCGGUCUGGCUCACACACACACACACACACACCCCACACAUACACAACCAUGGAGGGAGAGAUGGAUACAUACGUGUGAGGUCGUGGUGUGGAUCGGAUGCCUACCAGUACGCCAAGGCAGAAGAGCAUCAGCCAGAAGGACCAUUGCACGUUCCUGACGGUCGUCACCAGCCGACUCAGCACAGCGUUGCCAACUGAACAGACACACAUACGCGACACUCUCUGAUCAGUGGUGCUGUUGUUACUUCUCCAGUCACCUUCGAUUCCCUCCUCAGUAGCGUCCUCCCCUACAAGAAUUUCCGGACACUUCUGGACAUCCUCAAAGGUGCUGCAUCAACGAUCCAUCAACACAAACACACGAGAAGAGAUGCCAACGCGCCGGCGCCCGCAUGCAUGCGCAAAGCCAAGGAAAGAUGUGCAUUUGCUGUGCUGUGGAUGCCGUGAGCGUCUACGUGAAGAGAUCGACUAUAUUGUAAGAGAGCGUCGGCGGCGCUGCUUCAGGCAGAAGGCCAAGGGAGUCCGACUCGACAGCCUGCUGACUCGACUCCACUGCCGCCAUGGAAAAUGGACAACGGCCCAAUCCAACGAAUGCCAAUCAGUCGGAGUUCACCCGCGCUUUACUCCGAUCGCCGAAUCGCCGAGGCGUCGCAUCG